AUGAAAACAUUCCAGAUAACUCUUCCCCUCAAAAUCGCCCAACCCAUGCCUGAACCAGCAGAAGAUUCCGACACCAUCACGAAAAAGACCAAAAUGCCCCGAGUCGACGACAACGAACCUCAGGAUGCAGAUUAUCAUUAUUCCCCGUCCCUCAGCUACGAGCUCGAGUCCCUCAUCCUCGCCCGCUUCCCGACCUCCGACCACUGGAAGCUCACCCUCGUCAACAAGCGCUCCCUCUCCCUCCUCAAAUCCGGCGACCUCUACCGCAUCCGAAAACACAUCAACUUCCUCGAGCCCUCCGUCUUCAUGCUCGCCAGCGGCGAGCCCCGCUGGUGGUCCUUCGACCGCCACUUCAACUCCCACUCCCGCCGCAAGCUCCCCCCUCUCCCCUCCGACCCCUGCUUCCUCUCGGGAGACAAGGAGUCCUUCUGCGCCGGCACCCACCUCCUCGUCUCCGGACGCGAGAUCUCCGGCCUCGCCAUCUGGCGCUACGACCUGGCGGCCGGCCACUGGGCCCGCGGGCCCCCGAUGCUCUCCCCGAGGUGCCUCUUCGCCUCCGCCACCUGCGGCGGCCGCGCCUACGUUGCGGGCGGCAUGGGCACCGUCCCGGGGGAGGGCGUGUUCGACGCGGCCGAGGUUUACGACCCGGAGACGAUGACGUGGCGCGCGCUCCCGAGGAUGAUUAGGAAGAGGAAACUGUGCGCGGGUUUUUGUAUGGACGGGAGGUUUUACGUGGCGGGUGGGAGGAACGAGGAGGAAGGGGAGCUUACGUGUGGGGAAGUUUUCGACGAGGAGAAGAGGAGAUGGGAAGUGAUACCGGGAUUGGUGAGAGACGAUCCGGUGAGGUCGUCGCACUCGCCGCCGCUGCUGGCGGUGGUGGAGAACGAGCUCUACUCGCUGGAGGCGGCGACUAAUCAGUUGAAGGUGUAUUUGAAGGGUGAGAAUGAGUGGAGGGGGCUGGGACGGGUCCCGCUGAGGGCGGAUUGUAAUAGGGGGUGGGGGGUGGCGUUCAAGUCGUUGGGGGACGAGCUGUUGGUGAUUGGGGCAAGCGAGGAUUCGUGCGGGUACAUGGCGAUCUACACGUGCAGGCCAAAUUUGGAGAGUGGGGAGAUGAGGUGGAGGCGGCUGGACGGAGGGGGGAAUCGGCUUAGCCACUUUAUACUCAACUGUUCGGUUAUGAUGGCUUGA